AUGACCGUGCUUGUGGUGGAGGUCUAUCGACGAGGUCCGUCGAGGGGCGGAGGCAGGAGGCGUGGAUCACGGCCCAGGCAAAUCUCCGGCGCAUGGCGGCGGGAGGGCGCGCGGGGAAGCUCCUGCACCAGGCGGCGGGUAGGCGAGCGGAGAGGCUCCUGCACCAGACGGAGGGAGGCGUGCAGGGAGGCUCUGGCGCCCGGCGGCGGGAAAGCACGUGGGGAGGCUCCGCCGCCCGGUGGUGGGGAGGUGCGCGGCGAUGCUCCGGCGCCGGACGAGGCGACCGAUGGUGGCGGCGGUCGGGCCGGCGGCAUGGCUAGAUGGGGGCGCGUCGGGGGGAGUGAUGGCUGUGGAUUGGGGGCCGGUGAUGCAAACUCGCCGUCGGCGGGUCAUGGUGCCGCGGGCUCCCUCGCUCCGGCUGCCGCCGUCGCUCGCUCGCCCACGACGGCUGCCUCCGGCGGUAGGAAGUGUGUCGGAUUGGGGAUGGCCACCCCGCGCCUCGCCGCUUCCCGGCCUCCCCAUCCUGCGCCGCCCCAUCCCGCGCCGCAUCCCCUCACCAGCGCCCGACCGUUCGAGAACCAUGCCCCCACCAACCCAGCUGACCUCCACCAUGUUGCAACACCACCACUCCAUUUCCUGCCGGUGGGGAUCCGCCGCCGAAUCCAGGCAUAUCGGCGCGCCGCCCUCCGCCUCCUUCUGUCUUCCCUCGGUGAUGCUCCUCCACCAUCGCUCUGCCAGGUUCCAGCGAGGGCUCCACAGGCCGCUACAUCAGUCCAAAUCCUGCUACCUAGGCCGGCAAGCACCAAGUGCCUCUUUGCUCCACCCCCAAUCGGGUUGCAGCCCGGGCCCCUCGGUGCCGCAUCUGGUAGAGCUCCCUGCUCUGCCGUGGUUCUAACGAGGGAUGGACGCGCUGGCAUACACAGGAAGAUCGAGGCCCUCGUCCAGUACGUCCAGUGCGCAUGUCGAAUACCGGGAAGUUCUCCUGUUGGUGUAUGCCAAGUCCAGGAGAUGUUGCUGCCAACAGCAUGGAGCGAGCCAAUGCCUUAGCAGCUGUAAG